UUGAAAACGGGCAGCUAUGCCGCGCGGUGCAGAAAGCAGGCUGGACGCGUCCUCUUGGAAGAACGGCCGAUGUACCGGAGGACUGGCCCGGGGACUGCGGGACCGGGAGGCUGCUGACAGGCGUUGACAGCUCGGCUCGUUCCCCUGGGGAAUAAACGCCGCUCCUCAGAAGCAGCGGCAGCGGCAGCGGCGGCCGAAGCGGAGGCGCAGGCGGCGGAGGGAGCGCUCGACGAAUCCGCGCUCGCUUUUUCUCCCCCUUUUUUCCCGUCCCUCUCCUCCUCUCCUCCUCUCUUCUCCUUACCGAGAACACCGGCGAUGUUGCUGCUAAACGCCUGAGGAUUUGUGCGUGUUUUUCCGUCCGUUUGUAAAUAAAACUGCGCGCAGACAGAAGCGGCAGCGGCGGCUUCACUAUGCUUUUAUUUGCGCUCCGCAGUUGGAGAUGUCUUAAUAGCUGCUGUAUGGGGACGGUAUGCUUGCAGUUGUUGCUGUGGAUUUUAUGUGCCGUGAACGGAGAGGAGCAGCCGUUCAGUGUGGAGGCAUGGCUCCAGAGGUAUGGCUACCUCCCUCCUGCAGACCCCAGAAUGUCAGUGCUGCGUUCUGCCCGAGUCAUGCAUUCUGCUAUCGCUGCCAUGCAGCGCCGCUACGGCCUCAACAUCACAGGGAGUCUGGACGGAAACACUAUAGACGAUAACACAAUAAGGUGGAUGAAGAAGCCCAGGUGUGGAGUUCCUGAUCAGUUAGGAGGUGCAUCAAAAUUCAACGUCAGGAAACGGCGGUACGCCCUCACAGGACAGAAGUGGCAACACAAACAUAUCACAUACAGCAUAAAGAACGUGACACCCAAAGUGGGCGCCGAGGAGACCCACGACGCCAUCCGACGAGCCUUUGACGUCUGGCAGAACGUGACGCCGCUGCGAUUCGAGGCGGUGCCCUACAGCGAACUGGAGAGGACCAAGAAAGACGUGGACAUCACCAUCAUCUUCGCCUCAGGUUUCCAUGGCGACAGCUCGCCUUUCGACGGCGAGGGCGGUUUCUUGGCCCACGCCUACUUCCCAGGGCCGGGAAUAGGAGGAGACACGCACUUUGACUCGGACGAGCCGUGGACGCUGGGAAACCCCAACCACGAUGGUAAUGACCUUUUCCUGGUGGCAGUCCACGAACUCGGCCACGCCCUGGGUCUGGAACACUCCAACGAUCCCACCGCUAUCAUGGCGCCGUUCUACCAGUACAUGGACACAGACAACUUCAAACUGCCCAUGGACGACCUGCUGGGCAUCCAGAAGAUCUACGGGCCUCCCGAUAAGCUCCCCCAGCCCACCAAACCACUGCCGACGGCGCCCCCUCCCCGCUCCCAUCCUCCAUCAGACCCGCGUAAGCCGGACCGGCAGACACGGCCCCCCAGGCUCCCCCCGGGCGACCGACCGUCCCACCCCAACGCCAAACCCAACAUCUGCGACGGGGGCUUCAACACCCUGGCCAUUCUGAGGAGGGAGAUGUUCGUCUUCAAGGAUCACUGGUUUUGGCGGGUGAGGAAUAACUCCGUCAUGCCCGGAUACCCCAUGCUCAUCAGCGUCUUCUGGAGGGGUCUGCCGCCCAAGAUCGACGCCGUUUACGAGAACAGCGAGGGCAAGUUCGUCUUCUUCAAAGGAAAGCAGUACUGGGUGUUUAAGGACACCGUGCUGCAGUCCGGAUACCCGAAGGACAUCACCCAGUUCGGCCAUGGCAUGCCGGCCCAGAGUAUCGAAACCGCCGUGUGGUGGGAGGACGUGGCCAAGACCUACUUCUUCAAGGGGGACAGGUACUGGCGCUACAACGAGGAGAUGAGGACCAUGGACCCCGGCUACCCGAAGCCCAUCACAGUGUGGAGAGGUGUGCCCGAGUCGCCGCAGGGGGCCUUCGUCGACAAAGGCAACGGUUUCACCUACUUCUACAAGGGGAAGGAGUAUUGGAAGUUUAGCAACCAGUUCCUGCGGGUGGAGCCCGGAUACCCCCGCUCCAUCCUCAAGGACUUCAUGGGCUGCAAGAUGACGCCCAUCGACCCGGACCGCCAGCCGGCCGACGACGGCAACUCGGACGUGGUGAUCGAGCUGGACAACGAGGCGAACACGGUGAAGGCCAUCGCCAUCGUCAUCCCGUGCGUGCUGGCGCUGUGCCUGCUGGUGCUGGUCUACACCGUGGUCCAGUUCAAGAGGAAGGGCACGCCACGCCACAUACUGUACUGCAAACGCUCCAUGCAGGAAUGGGUCUAAAACGACAAAAAAAAACAAAAAAAAAAACACCAGGGACCAGAGGGGGGGAGGGCGAAGGCGAGGGUGAGGGUGAGGGACGGGACUGGUGGAAACAGGAAAUAGAGGAGCCGGUAAUACAGUGGACGUAAAAACUCAGCCACGCCUCCUCUUUUUUUUAAUGGAUCGGACUCUUCGUUCAGACCCGAAGUAACGGACAGACAGUCUGUCGGAAAAUACGUAAGGCACGAGAAUUAACCCCAGCCUUUUGAACCAACAGGGAAUCAGAGGGACGGUCAGUGUGUGUGUGUUGGGGGGGGGGGGUCUUGGCCUAAAACAGACCCUCAGUCCCACUCAAAGACAGCACGAGGGUCAGCAUCACUUUGUAUCUCAGAAACUUGACUUCCUACUUCCCGUUCCUCUCUUUAUUUUUUAUUUUCUUUCUUUUUUUUUUUUUUGUUUGUUUGUUUGUUUGUUUGUUUGCCCGACUGCUCUUAAUCCGAGGGAGGACUUUUCAGGGGGACUGGCAUACUCUCCCCACAGGGCACUGCAUCGUCAUCAUCCAUAUCAGGUUGUUAACAAGACAAAAAAAAAAAAAAAAGACGACAAUUUUGUAUUUUUCGCAUUUCCAGGCUUGACUCUGAAACACCAGUUACCACCUUACGAGUCAUCUUUUUUUUUUUUUUUUUUUUUUUUUCUAAGAAGGUCCUCACUAUUCCCUUUAAAAACCCAGAGGAAGAGACCAAACGAAACCAAAUAAAAUCAAUUUCUCUCCAAAGAGGAUCACUUUUUUUUUUUUUUUAUUUCCUUUCGACCUUUUGGUUGUCAUUCUUUCAUCCCUUCUCUGGAUCUUUGCAGUGAUUAAGAGUCAGGGAGCUCUGACUGUUGUUGUUGGCAGUCUGUUGGAGACACAGGGGCCAAAUUAUUCUGCAAUAUUUUAACUCGCCUUAAUUAUAGAUCAUACUACUUGUGCUUGGUUUUUGCUGUUUUUGGUGUUGUUUUUAUUUUUUUUAUUUGUAUACUGCUUUUUUUGUUGUUUUUUUUUUGUUUAUUAAAGGAGCUAAUGAGCUUCUUGUGAUUGGUAUUUCUGGAUUUAUUACAUUACCCAGAAUGCUCGGCACUGGCUUGCUGAGCCGUUUCUGGACUGAUUAUACAGUAGGGUCAGCCUGUAUUGAGAGUAAUGUAUUGUAUCGUGAAAGAAGGUUCUGGAGUAAAGCCACUAUUUUUGUGUGUUAAGAUAUUUGUUACUGUCUAACCUACUUAUUUUGGAUUUGUUAUGUUUCUGUCUGUGGCCCAUAUUCCCAACAUCGCAUCCAAAGUGCUCAUUCUGUACGGUAUCGGUGAAUGGAUUUGACGUUUUUUUAUUUGUUUUUGGUUUCUUUUCUUUUUUAAGAAUCCUAUUGACUGCCUUGUUUCAGAGAGCUCACGGACGCCUAAAGUUCCCAGAAUGCUCUGAGGACGCCCCCAAAAAAAACGACACCCGAGUCAAGAUCAGUGCCUGUGUCGACAUGCAUGUGCAAAGCGUUAACACUCAGAUCUGCUCAAUGUGGCUUCGGAGGAGGAAAAACGUCCUCGAAAAGAAAAAAAAAAGAAAAAAAUUACUGUUUGCAUUUAUUUUUGUUAAUUUCUGCCCCCCCUCCCCGUAUACUUCCAGGUACAAAUAUUUAAAGAAAUGAAGGAUUCAAGUGGUACAUUCGAGGAUUCUUUCCAAUCGGCCUCUAAUACUUUAAUGAAACCGAAGCAGCCGUUUGCAGACGUGUGUCGUGUCCUCGCUCUGAAUGUGUGUCUGUUUUCAUGAUCACAUACUGGGUUGUUUUCUUAAUUUUACUGUUUUCUGGUCAAAACAAAUUGGACGUCUCACAAUGACUUCUUUGUGUAAGACUUUGGGACAAAACGGAAACGUGUCCCGAACAGAAUGAAUAAAUUGAUCCAUAUAUGACGAA